AUGCCAAAUGAAAAGCAUAAGGUUGUUAGUAUUCCUGUGAAUUGUGAAAACCGUACAUUUGAGAAACAAAGACGUGAUUUGCUAGAAACCUUAGAGUAUAAAGGUGGUGAUGACUCCAUUGACUUACUCACUGAUGAUUGGUCGAAAAGACUGAAACGUUGGGUUGACUUGUCAUGGAAUAGCUGGAAUGAUGAAAUCCGACGUUUGAAACAAGGAAUGUUCGUACUACUGCCGCUUAAUACAUGUGGUCUCGUGGGGACUUGUGACCCUAUUUUGCUUAUGGACCAGAUGGAGCAUCAAAUGAAAGACUUACGUGACCAGAUUCAUGAUAAUGAUGUGAUUUCAACUGGUGUAGUGAGCGAUUAUCUUAAGGAUGCCUAUGAAAUAGGUGACAAUGGGAAUGUGUACUUUCAUGUACGUUUUGAUGUGAAAGACUUUGAACCCGAAGAUAUUAAUGUGUCAAUGAUUGAUGACUAUAUUAAAGUACAAGCCAAGAAGGUGAUAAAAAUGGACGAUUCCAGUAGUUAUCGUGAAUUUUGUCGAAUAAUUCAACUACCCAAAUCAAUUAACUACAAUCAAUUGAAAUGUAGCCUUACUAGUGAUGGCGUCUUAAAUAUUGCAUCUCCAGUGAAUGCACCGAACUACCAAUCACUUACAUUUAAUGAUAACGGUAAGAUUAGCGUUCGGCCUAAAUCAUACAAUCAAGUUCAAAAUGCUCACAGUUUAAAGAAACUGGAAAUCAAAGGUGAUCAUGGUUACUCUAUUAUUGACAACCAAAAUGGUGGUAAGAAUAUACAUGUUGAAAUACCAUUGGAUGAAAUCUAUGAACCUGAAGAUUUAUGCAUCAGUGUUGAUUCAAACCGAAUUGUAAUCUUUGGUCGUCACCAUAUAAAAGGUUGUCAUUCAAGUUCCUAUGCUGAAUUCAAUAAUUCAUAUGAAGCUCCAGAAACACUGGACCCAUUGUCCAUUUCUGCUCAAUUGAUUGACAAAACACUAGUUUUAGAAGCUCCUCUAAUGAAGUAUCAUUCACUGAAGCAGUAA